GGAAAGGCUACUCCGUCGAAUUUGUAUGCAGAAUAAUUUGCAUAUACAUAUUUUUUCCCUGUUUGGGAGCUCUAUUUGGCAGAGGGAAAUAUGUACCUACUUCUACCACGUAUUUCCUGGAAUGCCAUGGCUUCUCACGCAAGGAGCUUUUCUUUGAUUCUUUAGCGCAAAAUGUACAGGUUCAAUCAACAUUCGAAGGGUUCAGGAGAGAUCUUUGACGUUGUUCUCUCUGGAGGUUCACCUUGGGGUUUUACAUUGCAAGGGGGCAGUGAAUUCAGAACGAAGCUUUGCGUCUUAAAGGUCAGUAAUCUAACCAGUGCGUCCUUUCCCAGAAUGUUUGGUUUGUUUAGUAACGAUAGGAGUCGAGUAGGAAAUUAGAUCUCCGUUAAUGAAAUGGUGGUCGCGGGUCUCAACUGAUUCUUUGUGUUUAGUGUUUUUUGUAGUCCGACUAAGGGUAGAUUGUUGGGUAUAUUUCCAUAGCCAAAAUAUAGGAACACCAAUAGACAAAAAUAAGCUCUGAUUGAAAGAUAACCGGUCAAUUUUAACUUGGUGUAGUGUUACCUUCCUGGUUAGAGCGAAAUCCAAGCCGUUUACCGUUUGUGUUUUACUUCUAUCGAAUACCGGUUGUUAUAGCUUCCGUAGGUUGACGCGAUGCCUGCGUUUUUAACAUGCUUCGCACUUAAUUACGUCCUCGAAUGAGUAUUCUGUAUUGGAGGUGUUUCUUCGUAGACGUUUGAAACCUGAAGAUCGAGUGUUCCAAACGAAUCUUCGAGAAGCGUUGAUCGGAUAUGCGACAAGUGCAUCGCUAAAAUGUAUGAAUGUCUGACUUGAUGCCCAGCACCAGUUGAUGUGAUUGACACUCCGAGCUUACUUACACUUAUCGCGGGACCUCUGGUGAUUGUAUUUUCGUGGGAUGUUGCGCUCAUGACAGACUGUAGAGUUUAAAUAUUGUGUUACGUCGAAGUUGUGCUAAAAUCUUUCGCAUUCCAGUGUAACGUCGCUGAAGGACGGGGGUCAGCUUUUCGCGUUUACGUCGAUGUUUUGGGGAUAAGCUUGAGCGAACGAAGGUUUGUCAGUGUGUGUUACAUUAAGGGAUAUUUGUGCUCUCGCAAUUUGAUGAGAUAAUUUGUCUCUUUCGUUCAAACUGAACUGCUUCACAGCAGCCAGAGAUUGUUUGAAGAGGGAAAUGGAAAUAUGGGUAAAAAUAUUUUACGAUCGAUGCUUCUGUUGGAUGGAUGUUUGCAGAAAUGCAGAGGGUUCGAAUCACGGAUUCAUAAUGGCAUGUUUCAAAUAUGAAAUGUAUAGACAUGGUUGACUGAUUCUUAAGUACAGGUUGUUCGUUCUCACAAACUAAAUCUCGCCUCACAGGAAAACGAAUAUUAAUUUACCACGUAGUCGUAUUUCAUUGAAUUAGUAAGAAUGUUCGGAAUCCUUCCCUUGAUUGUUGUUGUUUAUCUCGGUUUUCUCCCGUCGUAGUGUAUAUAAUUUUGUCUAGAUUAUUUGUUUAUGUCUGAGGAACUCUCAACAUACACGUCGAAUUUUUACCUUUUUGAAAGCUUUUGUUUUGUUUUAUAAAUGCGUUUCCCUCGACUUUCCUUCGUUUAUCAACUAACCGUAACCCAGGGAAAUCCGAGGCGUUGUUUAAACUUUACGCAGGUUAGGAAUGUGUUUUAGUAUGUCUUCGAGGGUACAACUGAUUCUCAACGCGUAGCUUUAAUGGCAUAAAAAUGUGCAAAUGUUUUGGCCCACUCAUUGUCUUUGAUAAAUUCGUCGAUAAACGCUGAUUUCAUCCGUGUAGAAACUUUUUUUUUGUACAUUAUUAUUCGAUGGCAUGAAUUGACUGCCAGGGGCAUGUUAGAAACGUUUUCUUUUGUUACAGUUUCGAUUUAAGGUAUAAAAUUCUUAAGUUUUAAUUUCGAGUUCGUUAUUCAUACCAGGCGAUAAUAUAAAAGGAAGCGUAGGUCAGAUCAGCUAACAAUGAAAUUUAAAAUGCGUGAUGAUAUGAAAGUAAUUUUGUUUCUCCUCAAUUUCUAUUGAUGGCAGAAGUAGACCUUAAAAUUUUUCAAUUUUUAUAAAAUGUUAUUUAAUGAAAUAUGCAGAUUCAUUAACGCCGUUGUUGACAUUGCCUUUAAUUGUACUAUGUUAUGUUUAUUUUGCACUUGAGUUUUGUUACUGAAUCUUCUGAUCAUUGCAUUAGAUUUCCAUCUAAGCCUAUUGCUCGGAUAUUGCUCUUGUAAAGUUGUUGAAAAGAGGAACCUCCUUUUACCACAUGAGACUUAAAAUUACUUCAAGAGUCGAAAGGGUUUCCCUUUGAAACUUACGUAAAGCUUAUUGUUUCCAGUAUGACUUAGCAAAGUAUUAAAUUUUAAUGAGGUAAAUUUAUGUUUCAAUAAAUUCUUUGCAAAGAUUGUUUUCAGGUUUUUUAAACUUCUGUGUUAUGUUUUUAUGUGGAUUAAUUUUAUCUGAGCAGUUAAUGAAAGCCAAAGAUAGAGAACUAAAUUCCUACCUUUUCAAGUUUUUUUCCCUCUUUUGUUUUUUUAGUUUUUGCCCCAAGGAGAAUUAAAUUUAACUUAUAAAGAAUGUAAGUCCUUAAGAAACAGUAUUGCUGUUUUGGUGGGAGAGUAUAACAAGAUAUUUUGUUAUUAUCCACUGAGUUGGCCCCUGUAAAGAGUUUUGAUUGUUAGCCCUCUGUCAGAAUGCUCUGAUGAAGGGGUACUGCUCCCCUUGAAACUCUUUGUGGUGGCCAAUUCAUGUUAUCAACUCAGUUGAGAAUUACCAAAUUACCUAAGUUAAACUUAGUUUCAGUUCUUAAUCAUAUGUAUGGGUUUCAUAACUUGAUAGAAACUAAUUUCAAUUUGUAAAGGGUAAACCAGUGAAAAAUCAACAUCUGUACCAGGCCAAAACAUUAACUGUAGAUAAAAAUAAUUUAAGAAAUGUAUAUCUUUUUUUUCGCAAUAUGGGAACUUCUGAUUGAAUACUAAUGAUUACACAGCAUUUUUAAAAUAUAUAUACUACUUAUGGCUAACAAGGUACGAUAUUGAGAUCUACUUCCUUUUUUUUUUUUUGGAUUUUUUUUGUCUAUUGUGGACCAACACAGAAUUGAUAUGUAAUGUUACUUGCAGAAUGUUAAGUACAUAUAGAUAGUGCAGCAAGUAUACUGUUUAUAUAGCAUUGAUAAACCUAGGGAACCAUAACAAGAGGGGGUUCCUUAAGAUAGCCUGGUAGGCACAGAAACCCAAUGGUUAGCUUGCUCUAUUCUGGUUUUUGAGGCUUAGGCAGCUCAUUUUGCUAUGUUCUUUGGCAAGACACCUUUUUCUUAGUUGAGUACUUCUCUUUACCUGACAGUAUUUAUGAGUACUGGCUAACUGUCAUAGAGGUUUGUUACUGGGGAGGAGGGGACUUGCAAUGGACUUGCAUCCCAUCCAGGGAGGGCAGAAAUACCCUUUGUCACUUAAUGCUACAGUGAUUGUGAUUAGAUCCAGUGCCUUGUUGGUCACUUGCCUUGAGUGCAGACUAGUGUCUCAUCUUACAGACUCAAUCCUAGCCACAUAGUACUACACAAAUGGAGUUGUGGGCCACUAGGCUGUAAAACCUUUGGGGCUGUGACCAGUGCAUUUGAUUCCUAGACCCUGUGUCACAUGUGGGUUGAGUUUGUUGUUGGUUUUCAUUCUUGCCCAAUGGUUUUUCUUGGGACUCUCCAGUUUACAUCCCUCCUCAAAAACCAAUCUCCCAAAUUCCAAUUCAACCUGGAAGCAAUGGAGAAGAUAAAAUCCACCUUAUGGAUUGUUCACUGUUAAAUUCCCAUCACUAUUGUUAGUUAUAUUAUUAGAUAUUAUGACCUUAUUCACCUUAAAAUUGACAUAUGCCUUUCAGAUAACUCCUGGUAGCAAAGCAGAUCUUUCUCAGGCUAUUUUAGUAGGGGAUGAAAUUGUGGCAAUAAAUGGAAUUGAAUGCACAUCCAGAGCAGAAGCCAUUGAAUUAGUAAGGUGUUCAAGACAGAAGCUUAAAAUAGCUUUAAGAAGGUUAGUGUCUCAUCACUGUUCCAACAGAAAUGCCAGAGUUGUGUAUUAAAUUUUUGAGUGUUGUGAUUUAAAAUAGAAGUUGUUGGAAUUUGAUAUGCUGAGCUUUUAGAGAGGGGCCUAUGAUUUAUGGAGACUUUGACCAGUAGAAACUGAGAAACAGCUCUCACUGUUACAUUGUAUAGUAUAUCACUUCUUCAAUUUGAGUGGUUCCAGCCUGGAAUGGAACAAGGCAACAAAAGAAAUUGAAAUUAAAAAAGUGUGGCAUUUUAAGCAACUCCUGCAAUUGGCAGUUAUUUUUGUCACUACUUCUUUUCUUUCAAACAUUCUUACAACUAAUAAUUUGGUGAUGUACAAAGUUUGAGAAAUUCUCCAAAUUUCUGGCAAAUAUGCUUUUAUUGCAGAGUAGGGAAGAUGGUAAAUUUUGAACUUGGAUAUUGUGAAAAGAUAAAUGUCAUUUAUUUGUCAAGAGCUUGAGACGGAGAAAAACCCUAAUCUCCCACAAGGCUCUGAACUGGUGACCUUUGGAUUUUGUGGUUUCAGAGCUUCAGAGAACUUGUUGAUCAGCAAAGGCCAUGUACAGAGUUCUGUCUUACAGUUUGCUGUCUCAUACUUAUCACGAAAGCAACACAUUAUAUCAAGUCAUAAUUAUAAAAUUGAUAUUUUCAUGCUGUCCACAGGGAGGGUGCUGGACCAAGCCCUGUUGCGCAGUCUAAUGGUGGCAGUGUUAAGAAGAGUAGUGAUGUGGUCCCAAAUCUGUACAAAACGGCCAGUGAUUUUUAUUCCACCUUUAAUGUAGAUAGACAAAAAUUUGCUGAGAUAACUCAGAACAAGAAGUCUAGCAAUAUUUUUGAUUCAACUGAUAACCUUAGCGCUUCACAUGAAAACUUGUUAGAAAGCUAUCGCGGUGUGGACAAUCAAAGGAAUUUCGUCAAUUCACCCACCAUGGAGGAAACUGGUGACAGACUGUCAAGGUCAUCAACAGAGAUAGCCAAUGGAAGAACAAGUCCAGAAGUGGAUGGACUGAGGUGAGGAAUUAGAUAACAGUUAAAUGAAGUGGUAUGUAAUUUAAAGCCAUUUAUAACUUGAUGCAAUAUCGAAAUCUCUGUUCUUUUACAAGGAAAGGUAGAGACACUUAGGAAGUUGAAUCUAUUCAGUCUAUCAAAUGUCCUGAACUUUUCUUCCACUCAUCCUUUCAUAUUAACGGCUGAUUUUUGGUAUAGGGUGUGAAUACCCUUAAAAGUUUCAGAAUGCAAAUCCAUUGUUAAGUGGUGCGAUUAAAAUUAUGCAGUGUCUGGAGUGUGCUUCUCCUUUUAACAGUCCUUUUGGACUUACUGCACCAAGUGUAAUGAAAAUUUAGGGAAUUGGGGCAAAUUGAACCAUCUUGUUUAAAAAAGAAAGACAACUGACUGCUAUCAUUGCAACAAAAAUUUCAGCUUCUGAUAUAUUAAAAGCUUUUUGUGCACUAAGUGAAAAGGGUAUAACUGUCAUCUUAAUAAAUAUUUAACUGUGUAUCUGCUUAAUAAUAUUUUAGCCCCAAACUCACUUCUUACAAAUAUCAUUGUUUAAUUGGAAUGAAAUACUAAUCUUUAAUUAGUUCAUUAAAUUGUCACAAGAUAUUCUAAAAUUAAUGCUGAAAUUUUAGGAAUUUGAUAAAAAGCUAUUAAUAUACAUAUCAUGAAUUCAAAAUAAUCAAAAUAAUCAAAAUGAAUUGUUAUUUACCUCUAUUUUUGGUCGAAAGAAUUUGAUGAACUGCCGGUAUAUCUACAGCAUGAUAACUAAAAAAUUAAACAAUUUCCUGCCAGACGAAUCAACUCAUUGAAUAGUGUAACUGGCAAAAGAUUCCCAAAUAGCACAGCCCUUCUUGGAGCAGCACAAUUCAACCGUCCCGGAAUGGAGAUUUAUGGAAGAACAUGGAGCUUAAGGCGGUAAUUUAUAACAAUGUAAAAUCUUUAAGUCAUGUUAUGCAUGUGUCACAAACUUGGGACAAAAAAAGAGCUGAGUACCUUAGAAGGAUUCAAACUGUUGACUUUGUCAUCUGAUCCUCUGCCACUUAACAAAAAGGUCUGAGGUUCCAUUCCUAACUUAGAAUUCCAAUUCUUUUAUUUUUGUGUCAUUCUUGUGACAAAUGAAUGAUAACUUUCUUUAUUCAACCACUGAGCAUAACAUUUGAAAUGUUGUUUGAAAUAAUAAUUUUGUUUGCUAAAUCACAAUGAAUUAACAUACAUGUAUAAUUCAUUUUUAUGAAAAUUGUUGAACUUAGAGUGAGGUGUUCAUGCAUAAUCACUUUAAAAUCAUAAACUCCCAAGAUCUGAUCAUCAAUUCUCCCCUCUAGCUGCUACAUAUUCCCUUGAAAAUUAGUUACGAGAAUUUGGUGUUAGAUCAAGAAAAACAACUUCUACUUGAUGAGUCUCUGUAUUCUUGUUACCUGUUUGCUGGAUAAUGUGUAGAUGUUAUAGGGUGAAGAUACAUGUUGAUCACUUCUGGGAAUUCAAGCAUUGCACUCAUUUACCAUCACGUUCACCCAGUGAGGGUAUCUUUAACAUCACUAAUAAAUGAUAUACAGCUGUAAAACAUUUUGACCUGUGGAUAAUAGCAAAAAAUGAAAUGAUCUUCAUUGAAUAACUGCAAUUGAUGAAAAUGUGGAAAGAAAAGCCUGAAAUCCUUUUACUGCUUCCAGCCAGAUACUAGUGACUUACAAAAAGCAACUGAGUAAGAAAGUCACUUGUUGGGAGUUGGGCAGAAGUGGAAGCUAUUGAAUGUAAAUAAGCACUUACUCUUCCAAAACAUGCUUACCAUGCUCACUAGCUGACUCAGUAUUCUGUAAAAUGCAAACAGGAAACCAACAUUGUUAGUAGUUACAUUCUCCAAGAGUAAUUAGUUUGUUCAUGUUGUUUUCCUUUCUAGUGGUAUCAGCCUUCCUGAGGGUCAGUGGCCUGUGAUGCAUCAUCAUCAGCGCAUGCACACCAGCCCUGGUCGCAUACAGAAGGUGACAGUAAAAAGCACCAACAUAAAGUCACCAGUGUCACCAAGAGAUUCUCCCACAGAUAAAGACACUGAAAAGUAAGAUGAGAUAAUCAUGCUGUAAAUCUUAGUUGUUUUGUUUUGUUUUUUUUUUUUAAGCAGAUUGUGCAAGGAGAUUGGCAAAUGAAUGAGCUGAUAAGAGAAAACUGGCUGGAUUUCAUUUGUUUUGCCUCUCUCCUUAUCUUGCUUUUUGUGUCAUACCCUUGAACUGAAUGCCCAGAAGAGGCUGUCUUUUCAGUGAUGAAGUAGCUUGUGGUUAGCUUGUUAGAUUUUACACGAACUGGUCAAUUUUUCUGCCCUGACCAGGUUAUUUUAUUCUUGGGCAGGAAACUUUAUCCUAUGUCCUUUAAUUUCUGCUUACAAUAUCACUCCUGAAUCAUACAAGAAGGUCAUGAGCAUAAAGGAAAGGAUCACCAAAUAAAGAACCUCAUGAUUAUUAAACAAAUUCUCCUUGUCAGCACCCUAGGAAAGUAUAGAGAACAGUAGGGAGAAUAUGCAUACUGAUGAGAGGCUUUUAUUUCGUUUUGUAAUAAAGUCAACACCCAACGCGAAAGAACCCCGACGAUUGGGUUGGGCGGUGGCUGAUGGAUCAUCCAGGCCCCUUACAUCAUCAAUUUGGCGCGGGAAAUAGUGGCUCAGUAACACUGGAUUACAGGGACACACCGGACAGAAGGAUAAGUUUACAUGAAAGGACAUCUGCUAACAAGAGGUACAGAAAUUCAUGGUUAAGAUAAAAUAGAAUUGGGCUUUAUUGCUUGGCUGGCCUUGCCUGCGGGCAAGAUGAAGCAGAUCUGUAUGUUUUAAUUGGUUUGUAGAUCAUCUUUGUUUGUCUGGAGUGGCUGUUUUGAUCCUGCUAAAUGAAAAAGGUCUUGUAGCCGCUUAAAAUUCUUCGUAACUUCUAAGCAAAUUAGGUGCAAACUAGUUUUCUGGUAGUUUUGGCGACAAAAGGCUAUAAAAGAUUUGUGAUUUCUUCAAUUUUAUCCAGAGAAUGUGACGAUUAGUUCUGCAAUUAUGGUUUGCAGUUCCCUAGUGUUAUCUGCUUUCCACAUAAUAAAUCCUUUAUUGGCUAUGGCUGACUGUUGGACUAAAUAAUGGAGUGAUCAUAUUUUCACCAGAGCCGCGUUCUGGUGAGGGACUGCGUUUCGGGGUAUUGUUCUCAAGGUCUUUAAACUAAAAUAGCUUUGGAGAUAACAUCAAACUUAUUUAUUUGAUUAGAAAACCAGGAAUUCUCGCGGGAUUCACAAGGGAGAUUUGACGCUAUUUGUUUCCAUGAGCCCUACAAGUGUUACUGGACAUUUGAUUUUCACUUUCACAUCACAAUUCCCCACCGUCCACAUAUAGCUGUAUGGUGUACUGACUAAUGGCGAGUGAUUGAGUAAUUGAUAGAAUGAUUUGAUGAUGAUGUGAUUGAUUAAUUAAUUUAUAUAUGUAUUCUCCGCAACUGCAGCCAAUCUCUUCCACGAAGCAAAAGUUUCGGGGGCCCUACUUCUUACGGAGUCACAGUCACAGCUACGGCGGUGAAGCGAAACGAACCCAGUCACCAAGUGAAUAACCAAAGAAUCCCACACCGCUCUGGUUCAUCGAACUUAAUGCGAGAAAAGCAACAGCGGUUGGGGCAUGUUAGUGACAUGCAUCCAAAGGAGAUAACUGCACGCCAAGCAGAAAUGUCUUGGAACUCUAUGGUGUACGCACAGCCAGGCGACAGUGUAGAAGUACGCUUACCAAGGGAUAUGAUAGGCCCCAAAAUGACUACCAGUGAGAGCACUUCGAGCCUCGACUCAAUUGGGACAAUGGAUUCCUCUGUGAGUGGUGCACGUAGGCAGGGACCUGCUCCUCCCCCGCGACGCAGCGUGUCAAAGCUGCUGAGCUCAUUCAGGAGUAGCGGUCGACGUCGCGUCCCUGAUGAGGUACAGAUUCCUGAUGAGGUACAGAUUCCUCCGAGGUUCGGUGCAGUCUCACGAAUGUCUGAUGUUACCAGCGAUCAGCCGAAGCAUAGCGUGUCCAGGUCCUGGCCUACAGACCACGUGGAUAGCAAGCCUACCGGAAACGAGGCGUCAAGGCAGUCGUGGCAUGCUGAGCCAGCAGUCGCGUCCCACCAUGACAGAAGGGAAGCGAAUUCCUCCAUUUUUUCUUCAUCCAGUGAUGCCACACCGGAAAGAAAAAUAUCCAAGACAUCCAGCAUGAGAUAUAGUACAUCAGUCGUCAUAAAAACCAUGCGUUCGUCAUCUUCUUCCUCUGUGGACGAGAAAGGCACUGAACCUACGGUGUACCGUUCCGUGCCGAUUGCACCGGAAGUUGAAAAAACCCAUUCGGACAAUCGGGCCCAAACUCUCCCGGCUAGGCAACGAUUUAGCGACGUGAACCCGCCAACGAAAAUGGCCAGUGAUUCAAGUCGAUGGCCGCCUCCAAAUGAGAGGGAAACGGCGGAAACGAAUAGAAUUGAAGACACACAAAUAUUGCAAAGACUUAUGAAGGAUAAUGCCAAGAGUUUGGAAACUUCACCAAGCGUCAAAUCAAGAAUCGCAAAUUUUGAAGGGGGGUUCAAGAAAUCAGCUGCGGGGCCUCCAUCCCAAGAGCGACCUCGCGUCCAGCACCGUUCAUUCAGUCAAGGAAAACUCGAUCUUUCUCAGCAACCAUUGAAAGAAUCGAUCGAAAAUCAGUAAGUUUUGGUAUUGAUUUCAAUAUUGUAUGUUGGUCUGCACUGUUUCGGUCUUAAAGCGUUUAGUCUUAGCGGCUUUCAUUUUUCGGCUUAACAAAACAGAAAUACUCAAACAAAAUAUUUUGGUAAUCCACUUGAAACUUUUUUUUUUGACUUAAGGGAGUUUGUUUAAUAGUGGUCAUAAUCUUUUCAAGACUGUUAAGAAGAUGUCGUGAUCUCUCUCAGCCUAAAAUGGCGAUAUCUUGUAUUCUUUGUUUAGUUCCCAGCCCAAUAUCUUCAUUGUUUAGAUUAUGGUGUUAAAAUUCUUGAUAUGUUUGGUUCGUCACUUCCUUUUUAGAAGGAUUGGAACAACCUUCAACGGGGAAAAUUAAACGUUUUUCGCCCUCUCAGUUUAAAUUCUGUUUUGUGAAUUUUUAAUGGAGUCAUGGACCAAAAUACCGGAAACAAAGGCAUAUCAAUCAGUUUUCUAUUCGACAUUGCGGAUAUUGAAUUGAGUUCGACAGCCCAGUGAAUUACAGGAAUGUGUGAUAAGAAUCUCAGACAUUCGACAGAGCUGUUAUUUGUGGUUUUAUGCUCAGCUCAAAGACUGUGCUCUUUUAAUUUUUGGUGGCAGUAAUCAAAGGAAGAUGACUCUCAAACCCAAUAUUGGUAUCGAAACCACAGUAUAUUUACAUUUUUGAAGUGCUGAGGAAUGUUUUAGCACGUUUUCAAAUUUUUUAAACUUUCGCCUAUUGUGCCGAAAGCCUGCGCUACGCAAAUUGCAGAGUUAAAACGAAAACCCCUUCGUCGUGACUUUAAGACUAGAUUACGAGAAGUCUUUCGGUGAUGUCUGUAUUGCGAGUCAGAAAAAAAAAAAAUAAUUGAAAAAAAAAAACAGGGAAAAGAAAUAUUUUUGUUAGCACGCUGUGCAGACGUGAGAGUGAGGUGCUCUUAGAGUUCCGUGCGGCACGCUAACAUCUAUUUAUUAUUUUGAUUCAUACGAGUGACCUCGCCGUAAAGGAGAGACUGUUCUAAACCUACUUCUAGACUGCUUAGCCUUUCCUUUUCAUCGAGCGCCCGGGAAAAAAAAAAGAAAAACAACCCUCAAGCCACGCAGACUAUGGAUCAUUAACCGCUCAUUAUAUUAUUGAAAUCACUCUUUGAUUGUUGAAUACCAUUGAAAAAAAACCGUGAGAGGCUGGCAAGAAAUUAGCUGGGAGGGUGGGGGAGUAGAAGUCGUUCCUUUCCCUCUCCCUUCUCACACCCCCCACCCCCACACCCUUAUCGCACUCUUGCGCUCUUACAGCUUCGCGCGCGAGCUCUCUGUUAAUGGGUGACCUUUGAGUUUUUAUUUACGGAUAUAUAAUUUGUCGUCUGCAGUCAUGCUGUGUUCGCCAUAUGUAGCCUUUCUAAUUGAAUUAGAUAGUCCAUUGUUGAUUUAAAGAAACUAUCCAGCUGUGUGGUGACCGUUCAUUUUUUUCCUUCGACGCCCAGUAUCGAAACGUGAUCUAACUGCAGGCCUUUUCCUUCGCCAGAUCUUCGUCCAUGGAAUCACUUCUCGAUACCAGGUCUCCUAGCAGACGUGAGUCAGCUUCUAAAUCACUAGACCAGGAAAAAUCACCGAUCCAAGGUGGCCGACAUCGACCGAAACAAUGGGAAACAGAUCAGGGCAGAUCGGAGCAGGAAUUUAAGAGAGCGUCUUGGAGCUCUUCCAACGCUCAAAACAACCGCGGUCCAAGGGAACCAAGACCUUACCAUGAAACCUCAUCUUCGCGUCUGGGACGACAGCAAACUCUGGAAGAACCAUCGAAACAAGUUGAAAUCGCCACACGAAAUGAAAACAGAUUGAAUUUAGCGACAGAGGGAGUUACUUCACAGAAUGAAAAGCCUUCUUUUAACUCAAAUAUUCCCGACUUAGACUUCAGUCGAAAGUCGGCCAAAGUAGAACCUCUACCUCCUUCAAAUGAAGACGAAAACAGCGUGUUCUGGGAUGCAGAUGAUUCUCUGCCGCCUCCGCCCCCGUUGGAACUGUUCGACCCACUAGAAACGUCACAAGACAGCUUGCCUUUGCCCUCCCCGCCACGGGAAGUUCUGGUCGAGUUUCCGCCUUCGGUUGGUGACUAUGAAUCGCGACGGGAUCGAAUUGAACAGAAGGAGACGUUUGAGCGAAACGGUGUUGAUAGUAGCGAUGUGAUAAAACCUGUUGAAUCUGACGUGGUGGAAUCAAGCGUGGAAAUUAACCACGAAACUCAAGUGGAACUAAAUGGACCGGGGAAGCUGGAAUCUAGUGGAUUGUCUAGUACAGCGCUGGAAUUCUCCGGAAGUACUGAUUUGUCAUCAAAAGAUGCAUCUCUUACAGAGAACAGGAGUUACAUCUCUCCAAGAGCUCCUCCACCGGCUCCACUUGUAUUAACGUCAACCCCUACCAAAUUAGAGGGGUCUAACGAAAAGGGCACCUGUUUAGAUGUCUCUAACAGCCCUCACAGUUUAAGUUCUAGUACGUCCACUCCAUCCGGAAGCCGCCCUAACAGCAUGUUGAGCCCAAAACUGGUAGAAUUAGACAAAGAGAAGGUAAGCUGUUAGUUACAAGUCGAAUACGUUUUAGAGGCCUACAUGGCUGGGCCUGGGUUAAAUACUCAGACCAUGGUCCUCUAUGUUACCUGGACUAGAUAUAAAACUUUUGCCCCUCGCGUUUCCAAGUAACGCGACGUACACUAAUGACCACACCUCAAUACUGCGGUCAAACGUAGGGCAUGCGCGAGAGGAUCAUUUCUUGCCGCUUGCGCGUCAAUUUCCCGCGGAGAGUUUCGAAGAAACCCAGUUGUGUUCCUGGGUGGAGACCAGGCUAGGGCUCUAACCGAGGCGUUUCGAAUGGGAGACUAGUGCCUAGCUUUUGCCCAUCUGUCUUCCUUUUGUUAACCUGACGAUGUUUUCUUUUUUCGGUUAUGUAGGCUGAUCUUGUGGAAAGCAUGAAGCAGAAAAUAGUGGACUUGAGAUCACAGAUGGACGAAAUUAAAGAUGAAAUCGAUGGCAAUGAGGAGCUGGGACAAAGAGUCACAAAGGUCGUGGAAGGAAAGACGAGUGAUAGCGAGUUUUCUAAGUAUCAGCGUUUUACAGGCGAGCUGAACAAGAUUAUAGGACUGUUACUGAUACUCACGCAGAGAAUGCACAGAUAUGAAAUGCUGCUCCAUGAUUUGGACAUGUCUGAAGAAGCCGACCGACAACAAAGAGUAAGUGGGGUAUCAGUGAUUAUAGUUAUUAGGUUAUUUUCCCAGCUAUGACCGUUAUUGAUAGCCCGUCAUGGGAGAAGUACAACAUGCAUUAUUUCUGUUCAGAACGGUGUUAACCCUCGCACGUUCAAGUAAUGCGUGCUAAAGGUUUAUCGGCCGUACAGUACUACUUGCGUUCUUGCCUCUCCAAGACUCCUCUGUUGGCUGAGUUUCUUUUUUUCGUUUCACUUUCCUUUAUUUCCUCAUCGUUUCUAGUCACUCCUUUUCUAUCUUUGUUCUCUCGCUUUUCCUCUUCUUUUCUUAAAUCGCUUUCCUUGUCUUCUUUGUCUAGAUAUACAGUGAUUUCGAAUCAGGCUCUUUCCUUCCCAAAUUGCCUCAUAAAAGUAUUAAAGAAGGAUAACAAGGAGUGCCAGGCCUUUUCGCAGCGCUAAUAACUUAUUUUGAGAGCUUCUUUUCAUGUUUCAGGAUAUCUUACUCGAUAAAAUCGACAAAGUCACUCUGCAACACGAGGAAGCGUGUAAAAUCAAGGAAGUGAACGAUAAGCGCGGAGAGGUAGUGUCGAAGAUUUUAGAAAAUUGCCUGGAAGAGGAGGAAUAUGCAGAUUUUCAGUACUACAUAGACAUGAAAACGCAGCUCGCUCUUAUGCACGCGGAAAUUCGUGACAAGGUCAAAAUGGGAGAGGAAAGGUUAAACACUUUGAAUUCGACAAAGAUUGACUGGAGCAUUCUUAGUUUGACGUGAGUGUCGCCGAAGCUCCACCUACUGUUGUUGACCGAAGAGUUCCGAAGAUUCAUCGACAAAUGUCGACCAAAAAUUGACCAAACAGAGCCACCUGAUGCAGCAGGAAUUAUCGUAUGGGUUCUGAAAGCAGUGGUCGUAAGAACAAGUGUAAAAAUAAGACUUUUUUGUUAAGUUUUAUUUAAGGGAGGUGCCGUUAUCACAGACAUUUUGAUGUACUUUUUUUUUCUUUUUGGCGUGAUCCACCUUAAACUAAAUUGAACCAAGUCCACGGUCUGAAGUUUAAAUGUUUUUGGAACUAAAGGUAAAAUGUUCUGAGCACUCUGACCAGAGACAUUUUUAAGCUGUCGGAAAGAGCACGGAAAGCGUGCUAGGGGGUUCGAAAACCCAUGGCGAAGUUCGUCGUAUCAUCUUGCAAUAAUUACAUCACAUAUAUUUUGGUUUCCAGUAUGCAGUUUUCGUGGAAGGAGUAUUUUUUCUUAAAAAGGGCAACAACGUACUUAGAGCUGAAGGCAGUUAGUUCGACACAGCACCGGAGCGGAUUAUCUAACACUUGUACUUGGUCGUCUGAAUUUCCUUAAUGUUCACAACUUUCGAGAUAAAUUUUCUAAAAAGAAAUUAUUUCUUUUGUGCCGAAUGUAAAACCCAAAAAUGACAGAUAACACUUUUUUCAGCUUAAUACACGUGAUUGAGUAUUUUUAUCACUAAGAAAUUACCGAAUUAUCGCAGACAAAAAAAAAUUAUUGAAAUAUUGUUACAUACCUUUCAGGAUUUCUAAUGAAGGAUAUAAUUUCUUUAUUGAGAAGAUCUCAAUUUCCAAUUUAAAUUCGCCAAAAUGUGGCAGCGAAUGCUUUUAAUUUUAUCACUCAGAUGGUGUUAUUUCAAAGUAUGCUGCCAAUUUGUUGAGUAUUUUCGUGCUUGGUGUGUUUGAAGAUACAAACUAAAAAGUUAGGAGUUGUUAAAUUGGUAUUCGCUCUUUGUAGGAAAUUUUUAUCGAGGUACAGGUUUUGACCCACUCACUCCCAGGAGUGACCCAGACAUGAUUUCUCCUGACAUUGUCAAUGCAGUAUUAACCAGACUAGUGAUGAGAGUAUUAAAAUAUCAUCAAAGAGACUAUUGACCCAGCACCAAAUUCUCAGAACUGAAAUCACAGUAUACUAACGAGAAUUACCACCUAGAUCUGGGGAGUGAAGGGUGAUGGUGAUUUUGCAAUGAAAUUUCUGGGAUAACGCAAUAGGUCACGAGGAAAUGAUACAGAUAGUAGUUUUGCAAAGUUUAAAUAGACUACGAUUCAAGAAAUUAUUCUGCAUCUGGUAACUCACAAUAUUUGAUAUAAAAGAACGGGAUUUGGAUCACUUUUUCCAUUAUUUUGGUAACUUGAAAUCGUCUCUUAGUUUUAAAAAAGAAGAGAUUAUGAAAUCCUUGAAAACGAAGGAAGCCGGUAAGAAGAAUGUAAAACUGACAAAAAUAGUGCUCUUCCGCCAGAAGCUUUAUCUACUACUGGACUAUGUAAUGAGGUUUAUACAAAACAUCAAAGCGGAUUCAUUGAGUGGUUGGAUGUUUUCUUUCUUUUUAAACCACGAUUUGUUUUCCUCUAACCCUCUCAACUUGAACUUAAACAGACAGAGAACAUCACCUUUGAACUGUGAUAUCAACAGCAAGUUGGUGAUUUAAAAAAAAAAACUGUCUCGAGUUAAAAGUUUCCCGAUAUUUAAUUUCUCUCAACAACUGCAUUGAUAUUAAGGUCAAAUGAGGGGGGAGCGCAUGUCUUCUAAGGCAUGAAUAACUCCGCUGUCCUCAGGGUUCGUUGUAUAGAUAAUUAUUUCUCAAAUAAACAGGUCUGGGGAAGGGUGUCUUUCACUGUAGCUUUUUGAAACAAAUUUCCGUCAAAGGGAGACUAUUAGAAAUGUAAUUUUGUGGUAUUUCUUAGUAUUUGUUGCGAUGCAAAAACGCGUGGAGAAGGAGGUUUCUUCAACGUGCAAAGGAUAUUCCAGUUUAAAUAAAUG